UAAAAAAAUGACAGCUCGAAAGGAAGACGAAAUGGAAGUAGAUUCCUUGGAUGCAUUAAAACAAGAAUAUUAUCAAGGAAAGCACAUUGCAGAACCAGUAAAAGAAAUUGAAGAAAAAUGGAAAUUAUUACCAGCCUUUUUGAAAGUAAAAGGCCUCGUCAAGCAACACAUUGAUUCGUUCAAUUAUUUUGUCAAUGUUGAUCUUAAAAAGAUCGUCAAAGCCAACGAAAAGGUGACAUCAGACGUAGAUCCUCACUUUUAUUUAAAAUACACUGGUAUUCGUGUAGGCAUGCCUGAACGUACAGACGACGAUGUUGCCAACAGAAGUUAUACACCUCAUGAAUGUCGACUUCGUGACUUGACUUAUUCGGCUAAUAUAUUUGUUGAUGUCGAGUAUACUCGUGGAAGACAAAUUGUCAAAAGAAAGAAUGUUAUGAUUGGUCGUCUACCCAUCAUGUUACGUUCUUCUCAUUGUGUAUUGACUGGUAAAAAUGAAGCAGAAUUAGCCAGAAUGAAAGAAUGUCCUUUGGAUCCAGGAGGAUACUUUGUUGUAAAGGGAACAGAAAAGGUUAUUUUAGUACAAGAACAACUAUCAAAGAAUCGUAUUAUUGUCGAUGUUGAUAAAAAGAACAAUAUUGUUGCCAACGUGCAGAGUUCAACACAUGAGCGUAAAUCAAAGACAGCCAUUUAUGUAAAAAACGGCAAAAUUUACUUGAAGCACAACUCCAUUUCUGAAGAUAUUCCUGUGGUUAUUUUCAUGAAAGCACUUGGCGUUCAAUCAGAUCGUGAGAUUUCACAGUUAGUAUGUGGUAACGAUCAUGACUUACAUGAUCAGUUUGCUAUCAAUGUCGAAGAAGCAUCUCGACUUCGUGUCUUUACACAGAUGCAAGCAUUGGAUUUUAUCGGAGCUAAAGUCAAGGUCAAUCGUAAGAUGGGACCUGUCAUCAAAAAGACCUUGGCAGAGGAAGCAUUGGAAGUACUUGCUACUGUCAUCUUUGCUCAUGUGCCUGUAGAGAACUUGAAUUUUAGAGAAAAGAGUAUCUAUGCUGCUAUCAUGAUUCGUCGUGUCUUGAUUGCCAUGACCGACACCGUUCAGGUGGAUGACCGUGAUUAUGUUGGUAACAAGCGUCUUGAAUUGGCUGGUCAAUUGCUUGCGCUUUUGUUUGAAGAUUUAUUCAAAAAAUUCAAUUCUGAUCUCAAGAUGAACGCAGAUAAAGUACUCAAGAAACCUAAUCGAACACAAGAAUUUGAUAUCUUUAAUCAACUUGUCUUGCAUGGUGAUCACAUCACAAGUGGAUUCAUUCGCGCUAUCUCUACAGGAAAUUGGGUCUUGAAGCGUUUCAAGAUGGACCGUGCAGGUAUUACACAAGUCUUAUCCCGUCUUUCCUAUAUUUCUGCCUUGGGUAUGAUGACACGUAUCUCUUCACAAUUCGAAAAGACAAGAAAGGUGUCUGGUCCAAGAGCUUUGCAGCCCUCUCAGUGGGGUAUGCUGUGUCCCUCUGAUACACCUGAAGGUGAAGCAUGUGGUCUGGUUAAGAAUUUGGCUUUGAUGACACACAUCACAACAGAUCAAGAAGAAGAGCCCAUUCGAAAGAUUGCGUUUGCAUUAGGUGUUGAAGACGUCAAUCUCUUGACAGGUGCAGAAAUUUACAGACCCAACACAUUCAUCGUUCUCUUGAACGGUGUCAUUCUCGGCAUCACCCGUCGUGUUCAACACUUUGCCAAGAGCUUCCGUCGCCUACGUCGUGCUGGUCGCAUCUCUGAAUUCGUCUCUGUAUUUGUCAACAUUCAUCAUAGAACAGUCAACCUGUCCUCGGACGGUGGUCGUAUCUGUAGACCAUUGAUCAUUGUCGAAAACGGUGUGCCUGCUGUAAAGCAACACCAUAUCGAUGACCUGAUCGCAGGCAAACUCACCUUUGACGACUUCUUAAAGGGCGGUCUUGUUGAAUAUGUCGAUGUAAACGAAGAGAGUGAUGCCAAUAUUGCUGUUUAUGAAAAAGACAUUAUACCACAAACAACACAUUUAGAAAUUGAACCCUUUACCAUCCUUGGUGCUGUUGCAGGCUUGAUUCCUUAUCCUCACCAUAACCAAUCGCCCAGAAAUACAUAUCAAUGUGCUAUGGGUAAGCAGGCCAUUGGUGCUAUUGGCUAUAACCAACUGAACCGUAUCGAAACCUUGAUCUAUCUGAUGGUCUAUCCUCAACAACCUAUGGUCAAGACAAAGACGAUUGAACUGAUUGGCUAUGAUAAAUUGCCAGCUGGUCAAAACGCUACAGUGGCCGUCAUGAGUUACUCUGGUUAUGAUAUUGAAGAUGCCUUGGUAUUGAAUAAAUCAGGUUUGGAUCGUGGCUUUGGUCGUUGUCAAGUGAUGAGAAAGUAUGCUACUAUGGUCAAGCGAUAUCCUAAUGGUACCUAUGAUCGUCUGGCAGAUCCACCUAGUCGUGAAUCCGAAUUGUUUAAUGAAAGUUAUGACGCAAUUGAAGCAGAUGGUAUUGCUGGCGUCGGAGAACCUGUAGAGGCAGGAUCAAUUUACAUCAACAAGCAGACACCUGUGAGUACAGGUAUUGAUGCUGUACCAGGUUCAGCACAGACAGUGGCCUAUAAGCCUGCACCUAUGCGAUACAAGUCACCACAGACAGGUUAUAUAGACAAGGUACUGUUUACAACUACAGAAUCAGAUCAAACAUUGAUCAAAGUCAACAUUCGUCAAACACGUCGACCUGAAUUGGGUGACAAGUUCUCAUCUCGUCACGGACAGAAGGGUGUGUGUGGUAUCAUUGUCCAGCAGGAAGAUAUGCCAUUCUCUGACUUGGGUGUUUGUCCCGACAUCAUCAUGAAUCCUCACGGUUUCCCAUCUCGUAUGACAGUGGGUAAAAUGAUUGAAUUGCUAGCUGGUAAAGCAGGUGUGUUGGAUGGAUCAUUGCAGUACGGUACAGCCUUUGGUGGAUCCAAGGUAGAAGAUAUGAGUCGACUUUUGAUCAAGCAUGGAUUCAAUUACUCUGGUAAAGACUAUGUAACAUCAGGUAUUACUGGUGAACCUCUCUCUGCCUAUAUCUUCUUUGGGCCCAUCUAUUAUCAGAAAUUGAAGCACAUGGUUAUGGACAAGAUGCACGCACGAGCAAGAGGUCCUCGUGCUACAUUGACACGUCAACCUACAGAAGGUAGAUCAAGAGAUGGUGGUCUUCGUCUUGGAGAAAUGGAAAGAGAUUGCUUGAUUGGUUAUGGUGCAUCGAUGUUAUUGUUGGAAAGAUUGAUGAUUUCAUCUGAUAUUUUCGAAGUACAUGUUUGUAGCGAGUGUGGUUUUAUUGGAUACUCUGGCUGGUGUCAAUUCUGUAAAAGCUCCAAAUUUAUGAAGACAAUGCAAAUACCCUAUGCAGCCAAAUUGCUCUUCCAGGAAUUAUUGGCCAUGAACAUUUCACCACGUAUGAUCUUAGAGGAUGCUAUUUAAAUAAUGUAAAUAAUAAUAAUAUAAUAAAAUGACCUUACUCGAAUGUAUCUCGUUUACAAAUAAAUAUAAAAAAAAUACAUACACACAAAUAUUCACAAGAGUUUAU